AUGCGAAGUCCUCCCCGACAUCAUCUUUCCCGAACAAGGAGCCCUUGUGAAGGGCAAAUCUAUAGCGGAAAGCAUUGCGCUAGCUCAGGAAUAGGCAGGGAUCUAAACAAGAAAUCUCGUGUGGGUAAUCUUAUCUUAAAGUUGGACUUGGAGAAAGCCUACGGCAGGCUGGACUGGAAUUUCCUAAAGCAAGUCCUGCUCAAAUGCGGUUUCAGUAUUCCCUGGGUUCAAAUGGUAGAAAAGUGUUGGAGCAACGCUUGGUUCUCGAUUCUCAUCAACGAAGAAGCCGCGGGCUUUUUCAAGUCUGCUAGAGGCAUUCGCCAGGGGAACCCCCUGUCUCCCAGUCUUUUCAUCCUAGCGGUGGAGGUGCUUAGUAGGGGUUUGAAUCUUUUAUUGCUUCAAAGAAAAUGUGCUCCUUUCAGCCUCAGGCGAGGUUGCAAGCAAAUUUCACACCUCCUCUAUGCUGACGACACAUUGGUCUUCACCAAUGGUUCCAUCAGGUCCUUUAGGGCGCUCCUGGCCUUUCUGGAUUCUUACCAGUGGGCCUCGGGCCAAAGAAUCAACCUUGCUAAAAGUGCUCUAUUUUAUUCUAACAAAAUCACGCCAUCUAGAAUCAGGGUCAUUGUAAGAACUUUGGGGAUUUCUAACUGUCAAUCUAGCUUGACUUACCUUGGGGUACCGAUUGCUUUUGGCAGGGUUAAACCGAGUGCUUUCACCCCUCUAAUCAGUAAGAUUGAGGGCCACAUCAACGGUUGGUGCGCCCGCUGUUUGUCCCAGGCAGGCAGGUUGGUCCUCAUGCGGCAUAUUCUCGGUAGCAUCCCUGUCCACUCUCUUGCUGCUACCCUUAUUCCGAAGCGUGUGCUGUCAGCUCUGGAGCGGCGCUUUGCAGAUUUCCUAUGGGACUGGUCCGAAGGUAAGAAGAAGCUCCAUUGGGUUCGUUGGCAAUCGGUCAGCCUUCCGAAGUCUGAGGGAGGCCUGGGCAUUCGGCUGCUGUCAGAUUUUAUGCAAGCUCUCAGGUUGAAGCUUGCCUGGGCGUUCAGUUGUAAUGAAAAGGCCAGCCUUUGGAAGGACUUCAUGCGCUCCAAGUACCACUCGAUCCCCUCUGCUCUGAACCACUCCAUGCCCUCUGCUGUCAUCUCCCCGUUGUCGAAGCAGAUCCUCCAGUUACUGCCCUUGCUGGAUCGCCAAGCUCGCUGGCUUAUUGGUCAGGGCUACUGCAGCUUCUGGCUCAACAAUUGGACGAGUCUGGGGCCAUUGAUCCAUCUUGCGUCACACCAGGUUCCUCAGAUCCUCCUUGACACCAAAGUCAAUCAAGUCCUUGGGACGGCUGGGCUACUCCCCCCUUCCUCCGUGUAUGAGUUCUUGCCCCAAAGCAUUGUCGAUUUUUUCUUUCAAGUCGGUUUCUUCAUCUUAGACAGCCAGGACACCCAUAUUUGGCCUCUCACUCCUAGCGGUGUUUUCUUUGUCAGCUCAGCCUGGAGCCUUUGCAAGCUCAGCCACCCGCGCAAAGAGUGGUCUCGUUGGGUUUGGCAUGCCGGUCUGCCCCCCAGAAUAUCUAUGUUAGUCUGGAGGCUACUGCACAAGGCUGUUCCUGUGGAUGCUGAAGUCCAGAAACAGUGUGUUUGUCUCGCUUCCUGCUGUAGUUGCGACCCUGCUAUCUCUCCUGCUUGUUGGUCGGUAGAAUCGCUGGACCAUGUCUUCGUUAGCAGCCCACGGGCGUCGUCGGUUUGGGCACAUUUUUGCACUAUUUUUGGGCUUCAACCGAACACGUAUACAUCAGUGGAGGGAAUGCUGGCUGCCUGGUGGAACCCCAGUCACGGAUUUGUCAGAUCUUCGCCUCUCCAGAAGAUUACUCCCUGCAUUAUCCUCUGGCAAAUCUGGAAAGCCCGCAGCGCUGCCAGAUUUGAUGGUAAUCAGAUCCAAGCGUCAUCCAUCCAGACCAUUACCACUCGAUGCCUUGCCUCUCUUGCUCGCCAUUUCCCUAAUUUGCUUGACUCGCCCCCUAGAUGUGCGGCUUUCGCUGAUUUGGGAUUUCGUCCGUCUAACAGUUCCGUUUCAUCUGUUUCCGUCAUCCGAUGGAAGAAGCCUACUUAG